AUGUCGUUGGUGCUUUCUCGCCGUGUCUUCGGGGUUGUGUCCCAGCAGGCUGCGCCGCAUUUGCGCUUGGUAGGACACCAGCAUGCUUUUCAGAGUCCCUGGUUUUUUCCAGUCAUGACACUGAAGACAUCAGUUCCUCUCAGAGCCGAGCCAAAAAAGAAGAAGAAAGUGGACCCCAGGAGGGAGCAGAUGUUGAGGGAGCGACUGAAGAAAAAGCUGAAAAAACUGGAGAGGGUUCCACCCGAGCUCAUUCCCAUAGAAGACUUCAUCACGCCAACCAGAUGCUUGGAUGAGAUGAGGGAACGCGCUAGCCCAAGGCUCACAUUUGAAGAAAGUGAAAGUCGAGCUCUGCUGCUGAAGGAAUGGAGUCGAUACAAACAGCAACAGCACCUGGCUGAAGUCCAGGCCAUUGAACUCGCUCUGGAGGCACAGAGGGAAGCGCUGGAGGAGCUCAAAUUGGAGUCUGAGGAGCUGUAUCGGGCAGCACUGAAGCCAGACCCCCUUCUCUUUCCCUUCACCCACGAAGGUCCUGCUAACACACCACCAAUUCCAAAUUACGACGCUCCGGAUGGGAAAUAUAACAAUGUCACUAAAGUGUACACGCAGUAG